CUUCCCCUCUAUCUUCCCCUCCAAUCUCACUCCACCCAAUCAAUGGGCAGCCACAACACCAACGCCGAUGGCCCUAGAGACGACGAGGCCGCCUGCCUCUAUGCGAUGCAGCUCAUCAGCUUCUCCGUCCUCCCCAUGACCCUCAAAGCCGCCAUCGAACUCAAACUUCUGGAAACCAUCUCCCUUGCCGGCCCCGGUGCUCUGCUCUCCCCAGCCGAAAUCGCCUCCCGCAUCCCCUCCAUCUCAAACCCCCAAGCCCCCAUCAUGCUAGAUCGCAUUCUCCGCCUACUCGCGAGCUAUUCUAUCAUCACCUGCUCCGUCUCCCCUUCCGGCGAGCGCCGCUACGGCCCCGCUCCUGUUUGUAAGUAUCUCACCCCCAACGAUGAUGGGGUUUCGAUGGCUGCCCUCUCUCUAAUGAAUCAGGAUAAGGUGUUGAUGGAGAGCUGGUAUCAUCUCAAGGAUGCGGUAAUCGAAGGCGGUAUUCCGUUCAAUAAGGCCUAUGGAAUGACGGCGUUUGAGUACCACGGAACGGAUCCGAGGUUCAAUAAGGUGUUUAACAAUGGGAUGUCCGGUCAUUCGACCAUUAUUACCAACAAAUUGUUGGAGAUUUAUGAGGGUUUUGAUGGAUUGGGUUCGUUGGUUGAUGUCGGCGGUGGUGUGGGAGCGACAUUGGGGAAGAUUACCGCCAAAUAUGGAGGGAUUAGAGGAAUUAAUUUUGAUCUUCCGCAUGUUAUUUCUGAAGCCCCGCCGCUUCCAAGAGUGGAGCAUGUGGGUGGUGAUAUGUUUGAGAGCGUUCCUGCUGCUGAUGCCAUUUUCAUGAAGUGGAUUCUUCAUGAUUGGAGCGACGAUCAUUGCUUGAAAUUGUUGAAGAAUUGUUGGAAGGCCCUCCCUGAAAAUGGCAAAGUGAUUGUUGCUGAAUGCAUUCUUCCGGAAGAGCCUGAACAAUCCGUAGCAGCAAGAGGUGUCUUCCAUCUUGAUCUCAUCAUGUUGGCUCACAACCCUGGGGGCAAAGAGAGGACGGAGAAGGAGUUCGAUUCGUUGGCAAAGAAGGCUGGAUUCUCUCAGUUAAAAUCCAUCUACAUUUUUGCAGGCACUUGGGUGAUGGAAUUCAUCAAGUAGAUUGUUGUGAGAGGUAUUAAAUUGCAUAUGUAUUGGCUUUUUUUAUCGUGGCUUCAUCCAAGUAUCCGUCGAUCUCUUUUGUUUUCAUCAUUUCGUGUUUUUGAAGAGUAUGUUUGAGUUUUCUUUUUUUUGUUUUUGUUUUUGAUGAGUAAAAAUAUUUGAUUAUUGUUCACUGUUAAGCUCAUCAUUCUCAUUGGUUUUA